GGAAUGGAUUUUAUUUUAGUGCUUAGCGAAAAAACGCCAUCAGCGGAUUAAUCCACUGCUGAGUCCGUCUCGUGUAUUUUUUAGAUUAGUAGAAAAUUUCUUUACUGUUUGCCGACGAUUCUCCUGUGUUUUAUUUUUCAAAUAUAUCGAAUAUGCCGGAAUAAAUGGAAAUAUGAUUGUGUGUUUUGCGCGAAAUGUGAUGUGUUAAAAAGAAAGUGCGUUGAAGUGAAAUCCGAUUUGUGACACGGGAAAGAAAGUGUUUGUAUUUGCGAGAAAGGAAAAGGUCGCGACAAAGUGAUUAAUUAGUGAAACCGAAUUACUGCUGUAAAUCCCGGAGAAAGUGAUAAGUUUACAGAACAACUGUGAAACACUGAACGCCGGACACCAACAGUGCUUUUAGUGAUAGUGCAACACCGGAAAAUCCCAAAACCAUAAAAGUGACUCCCGAACGACGAAGCACUAGUGGGUUUAGCAGGAGCAAGAUGAUUCACGGACAUCCUCCUCAGCCGCCACAGCAGCAACCGCAUCCCCACAUGGGUCAUCCUCCACCGCCAGGGCCCGCCACGCAUCAGAUUCCUCCGCCGCCGCCACAUCUGACCCAUCUUACGAGCGUUCCUCCGCCGAAUGUACCUCCGCAGCAGCAGCAACCACCAUUGCCGCCACCACCACAACAGGGCCGAGAACACCCUGGGCCACGAAUCAACAACCGACAGCACCAUCAUCCACGUGUUCCGGCCGGCGGGGAUCAUCACCAGUCGUCGAUGCCCGGUGGUCCUCACAUGCCAUUGCAGAGCUCUAGGAAACCUCCGUCACAACACUAUGGCGCCGCCAAUGGCAUGGGACCGGGCAGCGGAAUGGGAUCGAAGCACCAGCACCCUGGUGGAAUGGGCGGCCACCCUUCGAAGGCCCUGCCGUACGGUUCCAGCAGUAGCAGUAGCAACAGUAGCCAUCAACACCAUCACCAGCAGCCACACCACCAUCAGCAGCAGCAGCAGCACAAUCACCACAGCCAUCACCACUCGGGGCAUCACAACCCGGCGGCGAUUCCGGUAGUGUCGGCCGCCGGUCCCGGGGCGUCCAAAGCUCGCAUGAUUCCAUCGCAUGAACCCAAAAACAUCCACAACCACAGCAAUACGGCACCAAUAGGUAACACAGCGAAUGCAAUAGUGGUCCAUCAGGCGGACCCAGUCCAACAGCUAUCGGGAGGAAUCUCCUCCUCAACCGCCACUACCACAGUCGGAAGUACCAUCGCCACCCACGGAAGCACCAGCAAUACAACCAAUUCAUCAGCCACGAACAGUGGUAGUCUUCCUCCAAUGGUAACGGGUGGUAGCGGUGGCGGAGGAGGAGGUGUUGGAACUACCGCCAUGGCAGCAACCAAUGCCACCGUAGUGGUUCUGGGCAGCUCUUCCGAUAGCGCCAUCCUGAAAGAUUCAUCUACAACAGUACAGUCACAGUCGCUACUGCUGUCGUCUGUACCAGAAACCUUGGCAAACACUAAAGAGAAAACACCAAUGUGUUUAGUUAAUGAAUUAGCACGUUACAACAAGAUCCAGCACCAGUACCGCCUAACCUGCGAAUCGGGCCCGGCCCACAAAAAACGCUUCACCGUCACGCUCAAGCUGGGCGAUGAAGAAUAUACGGCCGAAGGCCCGAGCAUCAAGAAGGCUCAACACAGUGCUGCCCACGAAGCCAUCGGAGCCACCAAAUAUAAGCAUCCACCGGCCAAAACCAAUCGAGCCAAAGCGGGCGGAAAAACCAACAUCGGUAACAUAACUCCGACGGUCGAAUUGAACGCUUUGGCCAUGAAACGUGGGGAACCAACCGUUUACGAAACGGAACAAGUAGUAGCGGCACCAAAGUAUACCGUUAACAGUCACCCUCCUGGGGCUCCCAAUGCUCCUCCACAGGGUGGAGGUGGCGGUCACAACUUCUUCUCGGCUCCACCUCCUCACUACGGCGGAUACAAUCGUAGUAAUAGCAUGUACAAUGCUCCUCCACCGGGGAGCGUAAGAUACGGUGCUCCACCACCAAGUUCCUUCAACAGACGGAACACCAUGGGUGGAAAACCGGACUACCACAGUCGGGGAUAUUACUACAAUCAGCACGUACCGCCUAUGGCCCCACCCAUACCGGAAGUGUACAAAGUGACCCUCCACGUGGGAGAGCGGACAUUUUUAGGGGAAGGACACACGCUGCAAGCGGCAAGACAUGACGCGGCGGCUCGUGCCCUGGAGGUACUGAAACCGCUGACGCCGGAUACGGCCAAUCCCGUAUCGGACAGUCACAACACAUCGAUCGACAGCGAUGAUCCCAACUCCGAUCUAAAAUCUCCGAUCUCCCUCGUGCACGAAAUGGCACUGAAACGCAAGCUAACGGUCCAGUUCGAAGUUCACGGCGAAAAAGGUCCACCUCACAUGAAGGUUUUCACGACGCUGUGCAAGGUGGGCAGUAUCGUUACCGAAGGCGAAGGCAAUGGGAAAAAGCUUUCCAAAAAGCGAGCCGCAGAAAAGAUGCUGGACGAAUUGCGGAAACUCCCGCCGGCUUCACCGGAGAAGAACACCCGUAUGCUGCUGAAGCAGAAGCGCAAGGUACCGCUGCCGAAGAAAAAGACUCGCAACCUCAUCAAAGAGAAAGGCGACGAAGACCCGACCGGCAUGGUCAAUCCGAUCAGCCGACUGAUGCAGAUCCAACAAGCCCGCAAAGAAAAAGAACCAGUCUACACCCUAGUGGAGGAGCGUGGCGUUGCCCGGCGUCGGGAGUUCAUCAUGGAGGUGUCGGCCAGUGGCAAAUCUGCCACCGGUAUAGGCCCCACCAAGAAGCUAGCCAAAAAAGAAGCGGCCGAAAAUCUGCUGGUGAUGCUGGGGUAUGGCCGGUCGGUUGCUGGUGCGGGAUCACCAAACAAGGAAAACAUGUCGGGCAGUGCAAACGAAGUGGUGGUGAUGGAGAAACCGCCGGCACGGAAGAUCGUGUUCAAUGAGUCGGGAGGCGAGCAGAGGGGAAAGGCUCAACAGCAUGGAGCGGCCGGGCGGCAGAUUGUGCCCGGAGUGUUGCAGUUGAAUUCAGGCAUUGCAAACAAAUCUGCCACCGGAACGCCGCCAAAGGAACACCCCCAGGAAAGCAACGUGUCGAUCGACUCCGGCAACGCUUCUUCGAACGCAACCAUAUCCCCAACAGCCGUCAACUCGUCUAGUACUUCAAAUGUGGCACCUAGUACUGCACAGACACCUGCACCUGCUCCCACCACCCUUAAGAGCAGUUCCAUUGCGGAUGUGGGUCCUAUGAAAAAGCAGCUCAUGUAUCUGGCUCAGCUGUUGAAGUUUGAAGUCAUGUUCUCCGACUUUCCCAAGGGUAAUCACGGUGAGUAUCUCACUUUGGUAACUCUAUCGACGGAACCACCCCAACUGUGCCACGGCAGUGGUGCCAGCUUGGAAGAGUCGCACGACGAGGCGGCUCGCGGUGCGUUGGAAAUUCUCAGCAAGAUCGGAUUGGACAAUGUAAAGCCAAAGGGUAGCAGUUCCGGCGGUAAUGCGGAUGAAAGUAAGUCCAAACCUCCCUUAAGUAACGGGUUGAAGAAUUAAGAAGGUGGGAAAUGGGCGAGAAGGGGAGUUUUUCGGGGUAGACUGAGAAGGUUAAAACUGCCAUGAUGAACAUUGGAAGAGCAUGAGUUUGUCAGAAGGAAACAACGAAACGAACGGUAGCCAUACGGUGCAUUUAAAGUCAUACUGGAGGAUCUAAUUGAAAAAAUCAGGAUUUUCGAUCAAAUGCUAACGCAUUAACUAAACACAUUGAACAACAAGAUCGAAACAGUGCUGGAAGCUAAUUACACACCCACACACACACAUUGCAAGAAGUGGCAAAUUCGCUGUAAGCCACUGGAUCGGUUAAUAGAACCUGUCUAAAGAGUGAGAACGUGCCCUCCUAGGCAGGUUCUAUUAACUUAAAUUUUAGAAACAAAUCUGUCCGCCGGACGGAAACUUUUGGCACGGUUACUACACUGAAGGAAGUGCUUAGUUUCGUGUGUCACAAGUGAAAUGUUAAAACAAUUGAUUACCAUUUACCUAAACGAAACAUACAACUGAAAAAAGAUGUUGGUGAACAAUUGGCAAAGCAAGUAUUACAAACAUUGAAGGUUCUUAAUCAUAUGGAAUCGAUUUAAGCGAUUGGUGGUGCAGAGCGACACUAGAGUGCGAACCGAGGGCAAAUGGAAUGGGUAAAAGUACCAUCAUAAUCGUUCUACUACUGCAUAAUCAUAUGGAUAAUCGAUGAGUUCUGUAACGGUACUCUUGAUCGCUGACUGACGGCGGCCGCGGGGUUAGUGAAGUACCAGAGUCAGUCAGCCGAUCGAAACGCGUUUUUAUAAAAGCUGUAUUGUUUUAAUCGUAGUUUGUGUAUUGUUUAAAAACCUUCAUAUAAAGUAUCAUAGGAAGAAAAUGAGGAGUGGUGGAGAAGGAAAAGUAAUGGAAUGAGUUCCACCUAUGGGCGGUGGACUCAUGCACAAUAAACUUUCGACGUUUGACUGGCUUGAUAUAAGCGCAGGAGGCGCUGGACGUGCGGUACUAGAUUGUUUUGUGGUAAAUUUAGCAGGAGUGAAGUUCAGAAUUGAGCUUCACCAUUGGUACGAAAGGAUUACGAUCGAUCUAUUGCAUUAGACCAAAGUAAAUAGUAAUUUAGGGUCUUAGUUAUGAUUAAUCUAGUACCUCAUUCAAUGGAAUUUUACUGAAGCUGAUAACGUUCGAGAUUUUACUGUAGUCCUUACUAGUAGUAGGCGUUUGUCCAACUGAAAAAUGAAAUGAAAGAGAGCCAAACAUUCGACAAAAUCAAGUUUUGUCAAGUUAGGUUCUAUUGAAACUAUUCUAGUACUUCGUAACAGUUGGACAAGCGCCUUCCCUACAAAUAACAUUAACCACCAAUUAAGCUAAGUGUGUUUCUACUAGUAAUACAUAUAUAUCUGUAAGAAAUAAUGUAUUUUUUCAGUACUACUAUUUCUAUCCAUUCACACAUACACAAUCACACUCACACAAACAAGAAUCCAUAGUUAACUUGAUCAGUUACAAUUCAUUAAUGUAUUUAUUCUACACUCACACAUCAUUUGGCAACGACAGUUGAGGAGCAAUUCUCAACUGUAAAUCUCAACACAAUUUCAAACAUUUCGUAUUCACUACAUAAACAAUAGAGAUAGCACAGCACAUGUAGGUGUCCCCCUCAUACCCCCCGAAGCCAAGCAAAACUCGCAUACACACAGAAUUGUGACAAUGCGUGAGGCAUAACGAAAAAUACAUUCUUUCCCGGAUAUGAAUACUAACAGUAAACAAAAAACAAAAGCAGAAAACAAAGUUACUAACUAACCGUUCACAGAGUAACAGUUAUAAUUACUGAAACAAAAUCUAACCAACCAGCAGAAACACAUUUCUUUGUUCGCAAAAACAAGUAAACAGCAUCUGUAGUACUAGAAUCGAACAAACGCCGUCAGCAGCAAUUAGGCAUAUGGUAAUUGAUGAGAUGAAAAAAACGAGAAUGGAGAUUAAUUUCACCUAACCCUCAGAGAAAAAAACGAGACAAAGAAAAGUAAGACAGAAACAGAAAAUUUGAAACAAUUGCAAAUUGUUACUUUUUACUUUUUACCUACUCGCAAUUCGCUUUUGACGAUUGACCUUCUCCCACGAACCGGAAACGGUGUCUGCAUUUGAAUCAAAGUACUCUACACUGUAGAAAUGGCGAUAGAUCGAAUGACGAUCGAGCAUUUUAUGGUUUGAUUUGGAAUUGAUUGGUCGAGUCGACGAGGUGCAUACAAUCUAGUACUUCUUUGUGAAUCGAUAUUCGAAAUGAUGAUUCGUUUUGGAUCAACAAAGACGAAAUAAAGCCGUUCAUGCUCCUUGUAGUUGGCCAAAAUUUCAUGGCGCGUGAGGUAAUAGAGCAAAAUCUAGGAUAUUGAGGAAAUUGUACUGCAAUCUGUCAAACUUUGGCAUUACAGUACCUCGUUGGGGACCGAAUGUAGUACUAGAAAUGGUGCCAAUUCUAAACCCGAUUAAUGCGUCUUUAUUUUGUCUUUGGUCGAUUCGGAUGAAAUUUGCGUUCUAGUACUUCAUUUCGUAUCUAAGACCAAAUGAAGCGUUCUAUCAAAUAAUAUUUACCUGAACUGUCAGGUAUUUUGCUCGGCUGAUCAUCCAAACAAAACACAACUCUGCUCAAUUCGGUAAAUCACUCUGAAUGAAAAAAACUCAAGGUCAAUCGAAAAAUAGGGGAAUGCCACUUUGGCAGAAAGUCAUUUAAAAAGGAUAAAUGUGAAACAGCUUUAGAAUGAACUUUCGAUUGAAGGCAACUGCUCGAAAUUGAAAUCAUUCUUCGAUCGUGGUUGAAAGCUGAAUCACAAAUGACUUUCGGCCAAAUGGGGCGAAUCCCACAAAAAAAAAACUAUAAGAACCAUUCGAUGAUUAAAAAUUUAAAAUUACUUGUUAUUUUUCGGCGUGUUUCUGUCGUUUGUUUGUUAGGAAAAUUUUCGUUACAACAGGUUGAGAGCAAAAUUAUCGAAUGAUUUUUAUACGUGUGAAAGAACACUCAAACGAAAAAAAAACUACUUAAUCCUCAUACAAAAACCAAAUCACUCGGAAUCACACAAAAACACGGUAGAAAAAUUUGUUUGAUGUUUCUUAAAAAAAAGAAGGAAAUGUUGUUUCUAAAUUAUUUACACGAAACAAAAGAUUAGUGAGGCAAAAAGAAAAACAUUUUAACACAAACACACCUUUAACUUUUCAUAUUCUCGAAAAAAGAAACAUUUUAUCACUUCCAAUUUCGAAUCUGAGUUACAAAGCAAAAACAUAUAUAGUGAGCAAAUUCUAGUUUACGAGAGAUGAUACGAAACUGUGCAACACUUGAACACUGAAAUAAAGGAAGAAAAAAACGAUCCACCUACUCAGAAAGCAG